UGUAUAGGGCUAGUAGCUUCAAUUCCCACCAUUGGUAGGGCACAUAACCUAGAGAGGGAGAGAUAGAAUGGAUGUGAGGGAGUUAAGGGCAGUUGUGGGGGUUGUAAUGGUGGGAUUACUGGGGAUGGUGGUAGGGCAGUCUAGUGGGUCCCCCACCUCUUUCAAAGACUGCUAUGCAAAAUGCUUUGUCUUCUGCAUGAUUGAGCCUUCCCAAACUCUCUGUUCUUGCACCACAGGCUGCCUCAAAGACUGCAUCUUUAACUCCGCCGCCGCCGCCCACAUCCCUGAUGGUCACGCCGCCGCCGCCGCCUCCUCCUCCUACAACUUCUGCAAGCUUGGCUGUGCCCUCUCCACCUGCUCCUCCAUCAGCACUAAGCAUCAACCCAAUAAAGAGGAAAUGAAUGGCUGUGUUGGGUCUUGCUCAGACAAGUGCAACAACAACUAGGCUUCUUGAAAAAUUCAUAUUUCACUAUUAUUG